UUGUGUUGUGUUCAGUUACAGUCAGAGACCCUUGAGAGAAGCAAAGCCACAGCGGAUCCUGCUUCGCCCCUCCUUCUCGUGUACUGACACUGGCAGCUAAACCCAUCAUCAUCGAUUAUCUUUUCAAUGAAGAGCAAGGGAGGGCAUACAUUCAACGACGAUUUUGAGCGAGAUUAGCCCAUGAGACUCUCAGAGCCUGAGCAUGAAUCAGGGAAGCGGUGCUUGUUUGUGGACCUCAGUGCCUCAGCACUGCCCCGCACCAUGUGAUCGUUACAAGCAUGCGUCUUGUGCCCACAGAGGCCAUGUUUAUGUACUAGGUGGCAGAGAAACACGCUUACUGAGAGAUUUUUGGAAAUAUAAUAUGGUCUGUGACAAGUGGGCCGAGCUUCCCUGUGAUAGUGAAGAAGCGCCUGAAGAACUGGAGGAGCACACAAUGGUAGCAUAUCAGGGAUUUCUGUAUGUCUUUGGAGGAAUGCAAGAUUCAUCAUAUACUAACUCAAAAAUGCCUCUUUGGGUGUUUGAUACAGUAAAAGAGUGCUGGAUUAACUGGAAAACAAGGAGUGAAACUUUACAGGGAGAGACACCAGCAAACAGAAAAGGGCACAGUGCUGUCAUUUUUGGGUCAUCUAUGUAUGUCUAUGGUGGAUACAUUGAUAUAAGAGGAUCAACAAAGGAAUUCUGGAAAUUUGAUUUUGAUUCCAGGGUGUGGUCGCUCCUAAGCAGUGUACAAGGUGGGCCUGGUCCCAGACAUGGUCACUCAGUUAUGACAUACCAGGACUCUAUGUACCUUUACGGUGGCCUGCAGGGCCUGAGGGAACAGAAGGACCUGUGGAGCUGGAGUUCUGCCAGCCAAAUCUGGAGCUGCAUCAAUUUCCAUUCAGGUCCUUCCAGGCUGGUUGGUCACUCUGCUGUAUUGUUUAAGGACAGCAUGCUCAUCUUUGGCGGUGGGGAAACCCAGAGCUCUCCUCAGAGCAGCUUGUGGAGGUUCAACCUGACAACAAAAACCUGGAAGAAGCUAGCAAUGUUGCCUGGAUCCCCCGCUCUGUGCCGGAUCCAUCAACACUUAGAACAAUGA